GGUGGGUGGUGCAUGUACAGGUGGCUUUGCACUCUCACCUCUCAAACAAGAGACACACCACUUCUGAGGCAGCACAGAGGCCCAGCCAGGAAAGAAACAUCUACCUACUUCACCUCUGGUUCAUCUGCUAAAGUUUUAAAUGAUGACCACUGAGGGCUAUGAAGAAGAAGAAUACUAUUCAGACGAUGAGCCUUGUAACCUGACCCCAAACCCACAGGAGAUCCUAGCUCAGACAUACAUCCACUCUUUUAUCUGCGCCUUCGGCCUGAUUGGAAACACCCUCGUCAUCGCAACUUAUGUCUUUUACAAAAGGACCAAAACAAUGACCGAUGUGUAUCUUUUUAAUGUGGCUGUGGUUGACCUGAUCUUUGUCGUGGCAUUGCCUUUUAUCAUCUACAAUGAGCAGAAUAAUUGGUGGAUGGGCUCUACUGCCUGUAAGAUCCUGCGCUCCACUUAUAGCAUUAACUUGUACUGUGGCAUGCUGCUGUUGGCUUGUAUUGGCGGAGAUCGGUACAUUGCCAUAGUCCUGGCUCGGCGUUCUUUUGGCUCUCGCUCCCAAUCUCUCCUCUAUAGUCGGAUCAUCUGUUCUGUCAUAUGGGUUUUUGCUUUAUUCUUAACUCUUCCUACAUUCAUCUAUACCGAAAGUUUUCCAGAUGAACAUUUUGGUUCAAUAUCUAUGUCAUGUGAACUGUCCUUUGACAAGAACGAAACCGCCAAACUUGUGAAAAUCUUGGUCCCGAGCUUACAGAUGUCCAUAGGAUUCUUACUGCCUUUUCUUAUAAUGGUCUUUUGCUACACUUGCGUUCUUAUAACGUUACUCAGGGCACAAAGUAGUCAACGCCACAAAGCCAUUCGCGUGAUUUUUGCUGUGGUUGUGGUCUUUAUCUUGUGUCACCUUCCGUACAACUUGGCUCUUCUGAAGCACACGCUGUCCCUGUUCAAAGAAAGAAGCUGUGCAAUGGAGAAGAUCAAGUUUCAGAUUUUGGCCAUUUUCCGGAGUGUCGCCUACCUCCACUGCUGCCUCAACCCUAUCCUGUACGCCUUUGUGGGGGUCAAGUUCAGGAGCCAUUUCCGACAGAUCAUGGUGGACUUGUGGUGCCUUAGCAAGAAGUACAUCUACAAUGCUCGCACGUCACGCAACACGUCUGAAACUGGUGUCACUGGCCUCUCCACCGGGCUCAAGUCUGCAGACAGCUCUAACAUGUCCUCCUUCAGUGCAUAAAGUGAAAAUGUCUCUGUUUUAUCUCGAUUGUUCCAUGAUAUAGAAUUCAGUUUAUUUGUCUUGCAUUUGUAAAAAAACCAAAAAAAAACAAAAACAAAAAAACAACCUCACCACGUUAACAGGGCUCCCUCUCCACAGAUCUUAUAUUACCUGCUUGUUUAAUGUAACACUGUUAAACAUUCUAGGCAAAGAAAAACAUUUCAGAAAAGUUACACAGUGCUUCUUUAAGAGCAACUGGGAGACUGUAGUAUACAAUGCUAUAGUUAGCAGCUAAAAUCAAGUUAUUUGCAAUGAAAACAGGUCAAACGUGUACAAUUAGCAGAUAUCACAUUCUGAAACAAAGAUGGUGUGGUAAAAAAUAAAAUUAAAAUAAAAGCAGUAUAAGGGGAAUUAUUUGUUUGAUGUGUCUGUUGGAAUAGGGAUAUUAAAUAUAUGUAAAUAGUAAAUAGAAAUGAGGAAAUGUGUCUACUAUGUUAUAUAUGUUAUUAUUCUUUAAUGAAAGGUUAUUCUUUUUUAUGUGAAAAUAUAUUAUUGAGGCAUUGUUUAGUUUUUCAUGAAUAAUACCAAAGAUGAUUAAUGCAUGAAUAUGGAUUAUUUUUAUAAGAAACAAUAAAGUACACAUAUCAAAGGAUUGUGUUCUAUGUACUUGUGAGAAAAAGUGUGUUGGCAAAUGCACCAC